GACCAAAGCCCAAACAUCAAGUCCCACAAAACCUAGUCUAUUCCUUUUUCAGCACAACCCCAACACAGCUACCUGCUUCUGAUCAUCUCUUUGUGUCUUCCGGGCUCUCUCUGAUCAAGCUUCUAUGGCUGACCACUACUUCGCCCAUGGACAACAGCCCCAGUCUCUUCCACCAUGUGAUUUGGAGUAUCCCGUGCUUGCCUACCCACCGCCUGAUCAAUCUUGUGCCCCAUAUGAAUUUGGCUAUCCCAUGCCUACCUGCCCACCGCCUGAUCAAUCUUGUCCCCCAUAUGAACUUGGUUAUCCCAUGCCUCCCUACCCACAGCUUCAUCAAUCUCCUCCACCAUAUGAAUUCGGGUAUCCCAUGUGUCAGAAUGAGGGAUCCACCAGUACCAUAAAUCAUGAGACGGCAUGGAGUGAUAAUGAUUUACUGCAGUGGAUAAGCAAUUUCCAGAAUAGCGAUAACCUUCAUUCUGAUGAUAGAGUUAGACCUCCUCAACCCAACGAUCCAAGGCUUCUAAUGCUGUUAGAUAAUCUUCGACAACUCUAUACGGAAAAGAGGGAGUUGUUCAAGAACAUAUUUCCGGAGCUUGAUGACAACUUUGUGGAGUCGUUUAAGAAAAUCCGAUCAACUCUAUUGCAGCUGAAGACAGAUCGUUUGAAGGUACAGACCUUGCAAAGGAGCUUGAGUGUGGAUUCACCUCGCACGCCAUCAAGGAAAGGCGAUGAAUACCCAUUGAGGCUGGAUAGGUUCAAAGUCAAGACUCUGGAUGUGAAUGUGGGGGCUGGACAAGAUGGCAAGGGUACGACCCACCCAAAUCCUUCCAAAUAGUACUUGCACAACAACAACGAGAGUGGGAUUAAUUAUCUCAAAUAUAUUAUCCUCCACGGCUCUACUUCACUUAUUUGAGUUGAUGAUUUUAUACAACUUUUUUGGCUUGUAAUAGACAUUGGAUUGAAUAUUUGGUUUGGUCAUUACUGGUAAGAUUCAUAUA